AUGGCCUCCAGUGUAGACGAAACCACGGUCCCCUCAUACUACUAUUACGUAGAUCCUGAAACGACGUAUAAUUAUCAGCAGCCAAAUCCCCUGCAGGACUUAAUAUCAGUGUAUGGCCUGGAUGACAUCUCCAGACAAGUGGCAAGAACAAAUUUGGACGGCACCAAAGCUGUGAAACUGAGAAAAUCCUACAAAAACCAGAUAGCCGAUCUUUCAGGUAAAUUCUCCACCAUACCGACGAGAGAUAAUGGCAAAGGUAGCCAAAUAGCACAUAUUCUUUUCCAAAACAAUCCGGACAUGAUGAUACAACCAUCGCAGCAAACGCCGGGCGCAAACAUGUCAGAGCAGCAAUGGAGCGAACAGCUGCGCAACAGAGACAUCGCAUUAUUCCAGCCUCCAAACUUCGAUUGGGACCUAUGCUCUUCCGUACUGUCCCAGUUUGAAAGGUCGUACCCAAGCGAGUUUGGAAACCAAACCCAAGGGGGUGCUCAAGCGCCUUUCGACAUAGAUGACUUGGCGUUCGACCUAGAUGGUACGGGAAAAAGUCAAUCAGGCUCAAAUUCCGGCCCCAAUAGUAAGAAAAGGAAAAGCAAAUCAAGCGGAAGCUCGAUGGCUACACCGACUCAUAGUGACAGCCAUGACGACAUGAAAAGAAGAAGGCUGGAGUAG